GACAUGAACAAUUCACUAGACUUAAAUGCAUCAGAACAGCAUGGUUCUCAAGAAGUUUCCGAGCCAUUUUCUCAUACAACCACGAUACCGAGAGGUUCAAAAACUAAACGCGUAUCCAAACCGAAUAAAUUCGCGUCGUAUGAUUCAGAUCAGGAAAUACGUACCGUGAGUAUUCAAAAGAAAGAACGAAAAAUCGGAAAAGAAACUCCAUUACCAAAAAUGACAAUGUUUGUAUUGAGUGUGAUUGUAUUUUCUGAGCCAAUGAACUCUACAAUCUUAUUUCCUUUUGUAUAUUUUAUGGUACGAGAUUUCGGUGUUAGCGAUGAUGAUAAAGAAAUUGGUAGAUAUGCAGGAUUAAUAGCAUCAUCGUUCUUUUUCGCUCAAUUUUGUUUUGCGAUGUUUUGGGGAUCGCUCUCUGAUAGAAUUGGUAGACGACCAAUCCUACUAUUUGGUUUAUUAGGGAAUAUAAUAACUUGUUUGUUAUUUGGACUUAGUAAAUCGCUCAUUUGGGCCAUUAUAACUCGUGCAACUUGCGGCAUGCUAAAUGGUAACGUUGGUGUUGCAAAAAGUAUGCUUGGUGAGGUAACUGAUCGAACGAAUCAAACUAGAGCUUUUUCUCUCUUUGGCUUUUGUUGGGGAUUUGGUUGCAUCGGUAUUUUUCCUUAUUUUCUUCCGUGUGCCGUUGCGGCUUUUGUUGGUUUUACUGGAUUCAUUGUAGGAUUCUUUAUGCUCCCUGAAACACGUCAUUACAAACCUUUAUCUGAUCCUGAACGAAAACCUUUCUUAACUUCUAAUAAGAAAUUAUAUGGUGCUAUUAACUCCUCUAAUGAAAUAAGUGAUAACAAUAGCAGUAAAAUUAGUGUUGAUGAUAUUUGUUCGAUAACACCAAAUGAUAUUGACAGAGAUUCAACUAAUGAGCAAAAAAUUAUUACCAAGGAUAGCAUUUCUAAAAUAUCUUAUUAUACGAUUGCAAGUUAUGCUAUAAUAAGUUUUCAUACUAUCGUUUUCGAUGAAGUAUACUCUAUUUAUGCCGUUACUGCUAUUAGUGAUGGUGGUCUAGGAUUUAGUUCCACUGAAUUGGCUUUAACUUUAUCUUUUGCGGGCUUAUUGCACCUCAAUUGCCAAUUUCUACUUUAUCCAUAUUUAAGACUUAAAUUUGAUACGUUGAAAAUGUUCCGAACUGCUUUCCUCGCCUAUUUUCCAUGCUAUUGUAUGUUUCCGUUGAUCAGCCUAUUUAGAAGAAAAUUAAUCGAGUCCGAAAUUAAUUCAGAAAUGGUCACUAUAAUUACUUGGUCUAUUUUACUCCUUACCUUGAUGUUUAGAGUCAUUUUAAACGUUAUAUGUUUUACUACAGUUUUCAUCUUGAUAAAUAAUUCGGCAACAUCAAACGUUCUUGGCACUUUAAAUGGAAUUGGUCAAACUUUAGCAUCUUUUGCUCGUGCCUUUGGUCCAGCUUUGGGUGGCUUCCUAUGGUCUUGGUCAUUGAUAAAUAAUUUAGGUUUCCCAUUUAAUUAUUCUUUCGUUUUCAUAUUAAUAUCUUUCGUUGCAUUCAUUGGCCAUAUUCAAAGUUCAUAUAUACCUCCUGAGUUGGGAUAUUUGGAUGAUAAUUCAGUUGACAAUUCAGUUGUAGUUGAAUAA